CUCCGCUGCUGCGGAUUUUUCCGCUCUGCAGGAAAAUUAUAGCUAUCUAUAUUUCCUUUUUCGGGUUUUGUGGCUGUCCUGGAUCACGAGCUCUGUUUUUUUUGGGUCUGAAUAGGUUUCCAACCCGAUCUGAAUCUAUUUGGGGCAGAAUCUAUAUUCCUUUUUUUCGGGUUGAGGCUGUUCUGGAUUGCAGUUUCUGCUCUGGGCGUUGGGAGCCGGAUCGCUCGGGGAACCCGCCGCCUCCUUUCUUCGUAGCGCCCCCUCCUCCUUCCCCACCCCUGGGGGGGCCUUUCCCGCCUGGAGAUGCGGAGGAUGGAGGCCAGGUGAUGGCACCGCGGCGCCCCGCUUGGCCCCGGGGGAGGAUCGGAAGCGCCCGAGGGCUCCGCCGCGGCGGCACCGAGAUCCGGAGCCCGCUCCGGGUCCAGCGUCUGGGCAGCUGCCGCUAAGGAAGGGACCCCCGCCCGCCUGCCCGCCCCUGUGCCGCUCUCGACUCAUCCCCGCCUCCCUCCAUCUCUGAUGAAAAUGGAACCGGAGUUGCUCAGGACGCUUUCCGAUCACCCGGGCGCCAAACCGGAUCGGUUGGCGCUGGGGCACCUGGCGGGGACGUUCCUCCUCCUGGACCCCCAGAGAGGACCUUUGGCGAACACGGACUUGGUGCUGCUGGCGCGGGAAAGCCCCGCCGGGGGCGCCCCCUUGAUCCUGCGCGGCGGCGCCGGCGAGAAAGCGCCGCUGGCCCCGGAGCCGGUCCUGAACGGGAUCCACCUCGCCGAGGGAGACCCGCCGCCGCAGCCCUUCCUCGCCCCGGAGGAGCUGACCCGCCGCCGGGAGCUGGGCCUCGUGGUGGACCCGCAGCCCAGUGGGCCAAUCAGCAGCGAGGAGAGCCACUCAGGUGCAGGGGAUCUGCCCGAUUGCCCCGGGGAGGGCUGGGAUUUGAGGCUGGAUCCGGUGCGGGACGGGAUGGCCGUGGAGCGGAGCGCAGGAGCAGAGGAAGAGGCGCGAGGGGACCCCCUAGACCCGACCGGGGGCCUGGCCCUGCGGGAUUUACAAUUGGCUGCAGUGGAGGAGAUCCCCGAGGAAGCCGGCGACGCAGAGACUCGGGAGGCGCUGGCCGCAGAAAGGCACCUGCUCUUCGGCAUGGAGCCUUCUCAAGAGGAGACCAACGGGCUCCUCUUCGACGCCCCUUGGACUAAAGACAGGGAUGGUUCUGGCCCCCAGGGGGACUCCUUGGCGAGGCCCUCAGACGGCCGCCUGGCUGUGGGGGGGCCCCCGGGGCGUACCGGCGUGGACCUCUUCCCUGCCUUCCACCCAGCCAGUGAUCUCAGUCCUCGCGUGGAGUUCGGGGAGGCCGAGCAUCUGGUGGUGGUCGAGGAGGAAUCCCCACCCUCUCCAGAAGGUUCUCCUCGCCUCCGGGCCGUCUUUGAUGCCCUGGACCGCGAUGGCGAUGGCUUUGUCCGGAUAGAGGAGUUCAUCCAGUUUGCCACCGUCUAUGGAGCAGAACAGGUGAAAGAUUUGACCCGGUUCCUGGACCCUGCUGGCCUCGGAGUGAUCAGCUUUGAAGAUUUCUAUCGAGGCAUCUCGGCGAUCAGGAAUGGAGCCGAUCCCGACGGUCAGCUGUGCCCGAUGGACUAUCCCCAUGACGAGCCGCCUUCUACCUGUCCGGAUGAGUUUGAUGACUUUGUCACAUUUGAGGCAAAUGAGGUCACGGACAGUGCGUAUAUGGGUUCUGAGAGCACCUACAGUGAAUGUGAAACGUUUACGGAUGAGGACACCAGCACGCUGGUCCAUCACGAGAUGCACGAUGAUGUAGAGACGGACAGCGCGAUCGAUUCUACCGUGCACUCGGAGUUCACAGAUCCCAUUGAGGAGCCGGAGAACGGAUCUCACCCUCAUGAUCUACCUUUGACCUCGGACCUGAACAACCAUUCCAUUGUGGCCAUCAUCAGUGGAGAGGAGCACUUCGAGGAUUACGGGGAAGGGAAUGAAGCUGACCUCUUCUCGGACAGCCUGUGCAACGGAGAAAGUGGCUUCAGCAGCUCCUCGUUUCUUUCUCCCAGCUCCAACCCACUUGCUGAAAAACUGCACAGCAUUAUCACAGACGAAGCGUUUGAGUUUUACUGUAGCCAGUGCCACAAACAAAUCAACCGCCUUGAGGAUCUCUCGGCUCGCCUAAACGAUCUUGAAAUGAAUAGUCCCAAUAAGCGGCUUUCCAGCAAGAAGGUAGCCAGGCACCUGCAUCAGACAGGAACCCUGGCCGCAGAUGCGAUGGAAGAACCUUACCACAACAACGUCGACUGCCUGGAGGAAGAUAUUGCAGACAAGGUGAUCUUCCUCGAGAAAAGAGUAACGGAGCUGGAGAAGGACACGGCAGCGAAUGGGGAACAGCACAGCCGCUUGAAGCAGGAAAACCUCCAGCUGGUGCACAGAGCGAACGCCCUGGAGGAGCAGCUGAAAGAGCAGGAGCUGAAAGCCGACGAGCUCCUCAUGGAGGAGAUCCGGAAACAGAGAGAGCUGCUCAGCAAGAUGGAGCGCGAGAAGAGCAUUGAGAUCGAGAACCUGCAAGCCAGAUUGCAGCAGCUGGAUGAAGAAAAUGGCGAGCUCCGAUCCUGUGUCCCUUGCCUGAAGGCUAAUAUUGAGAGACUGGAGGAGGAGAAGCGGAAGUUGUUGGAUGAAAUAGAAGACCUCACGGCGCAGCUCACCGAGGAGCAGGAAAGCAAGCGGAAGUUGGGGGAUAAGCUGAGCCACGAGAGGCACAACUUCCAGAAGGACAAGGAAUCCACGCAGGAGCUGAUCGAAGACCUGAGGAAGCAGCUGGAACAUCUGCAGCUCUUCAAGCUGGAGGCGGAACAGCGGAGGGGCCGGAGCAGCAGCAUCGGCCUCCAGGAGUACAACAGCCGGACCCGGGAGACCGAACUGGAGCACGAGAUCCGGAGGCUCAAGCAGGACAACCGGACCCUGAAGGAACAGAAUGACGAGCUGAACGGGCAGAUCAUCAACCUCAGCAUCCAGGGCGCCAAGAACCUCUUUUCUGCGUCGUUCUCGGAAUCUCUGGCUGCAGAAAUCAGCUCGGUCUCGAGAGACGAGCUGAUGGAGGCGAUUCAGAAGCAGGAGGAGAUCAACUUCCGUCUCCAGGACUAUAUUGACCGCAUCAUCGUGGCCAUCAUGGAGACCAACCCCUCCAUCCUGGAAGUCAAGUAGGAGGUGGAGAAACUGCACACUUGCGGCCCUGACAGCCCAGGGGACAGUGGGUUUUGCUGCACUCCGGAGGCGACGCGGGCGAGGCCUAUGUGAAGGCGACGCGAGGCACUUCGCGUCGGAUGGUUGGGUGGUGGUUCCUGGUGAACUUGGGCAGAGGACUGUCCCCGGCCCCUGCCUUGCACGGACUCUGGUGGUUCUCGGAGCCUUCCUGGCUUGGUGUGGGGUGAGGGGUCAAAGGGGGCCUGGAGGGGAAAGGUGCGAGCCACAGCCACGAGUCGGAAACGGAGGUCGGGGAGGGGUUUGCACACACACCAGCACCCUGUUGUGGGGAUGUAGCAGAUGCUGAGAUGACGACAAACUCUCUGUGACAGUCCUGUCUGGAUGUAAAGAAGAAGGGAAGGGGCCGAGAAGGAAGGGGCAGGAACCCGGCAGUUGGCUGUGGUCAAGGGCGCUAAGAAUCCUCAAAUGCCUCCCCAAAGCUCACAGAGGCAUAAGGUAUCAUCUCCCUCCACCUCAGCUCACCAGAGCUGUUCUCUUGUUUUGGGGCCGACUUCUCUCUGGCCCCGUGGAAGGGGGAAGCGAGCUGUCUCUGGACCCUUCCUGGUCCGAAAAAUUUGCACGCUCUCCUUUGGAGAAAUUGUGUGUGUGUGUGUGUGCGUGUGUGUGUUGCACAUUGCAAACAUGUUUUGCGGGGUGUGGCGCCUACCACUUGGUGUCCGUGGGCGCCUUUCCUCCGGCCAGCUGCCUUAAUAUUUCCAACUGGCGUUGCCCCACUCAGCCAGCCUGGGGCUGCGGGAAGGCAGAGGAUGCUGGAAGGUGGGAGGGCACCUCCUGAUGGUGGCGAGAGGGAAUUGGCACCCCCCCGGUUAAAGAUCUGUUGGUGUCCAGGCAGGAAUGAGGCAACCGGGCAAUGACAGGUCAGUGUCUGGGACUCACCGCUGGGACUGGGAUACUCUGCUGAUGAUACUGGGAGCACUGGAGGUAGAGUGGUCCCCGUUGCCAGCUGCUGCCGUUUCUCCCCCCCUUCAUUGCGGGCACGCACACACCCACUUCUGAAUAGUCUUUCUCGUAGGUUUGCUGCUUUCAGGCAGAAAUGGCACAGCCCAGAAGACAUCCGUGCCCAAGAGAAGCGAGCUGUCCCAACCGCUGAUAGCACGGUGUCUUCUUGCGGAAAACGAUGAACUCGGAAACAAGCCGAUGUCAGUUUCCCCCUCCGUUGAAAGAGCAGAAUCUCAAAUUGUGGAGUCUGGGCAGGAUUGAUGGACCCGUGAUGAGCGGUCCAUCUUUCUUCUCUUCUGCCUCGUCCCAUUCUGGGUUUAAAAACAAAAAAACGACCCACCACCAUGUGACGUUGGACUAGAACUCCCAUCACCCUUGUGGCUUGUGGGGGAUGGAAGUUGUAGUCCUACGGCAUCUCGGAACCCAAAGUUGGGAACCCUGGCUCUGGAUAAUCCCAAAAGUACAAACUGUUUAGAAGGAAUCGCUGAGUCCCUUUUUUUUCUCCCUCGACUCCAAUUUUUAUGGGAAGAGAAGCACUUUGCCCAUCACUAAAAGGCAUGCUCUAUUUCCACUUCAACAGAGGUACAGUGUUCCCCCCCCCCACACACACACCUUUCUAUUAUUUUUAUAUCUGGCCUCGGGCGUUUAGGUUUUAAUCAUGUGUUUGGGUCUCGCUUUUUAAACGGCACAGUAUGGGGACAGGGGAAUAGGGGCUGGGCUCUGUAGCAGAUGCGCAAUCACGCUGCACUGGUGUGUGUGUGGUAGCUUAUUUUGGGGGGUGGGGUGAGCGGUCUGUGUGGUGCCUGCACGGGGACCCCUUGGGGCUCCUGCAAAGGCACAGCUCUGGAGUGGUGAGGCGUGAGCUUCGUAUGGGCGCCCCUCUUGAAGAACUGCCCCCUUAGGGCCAGUGUUCCCGGUAAUAGGAAUUCCCAGCUGUUGUUGACUACAGCUCCCAGCAUCCCCAGCUGCAGUGGCCUUUGGCUGGGGAUUAUGGGAGUUGUAGUCAACAACAGCUGGGAAUCCCUGUCCCAGGGAACACUGCUUUGGACCCUUUCCACUGAAGCACAUUCAACAGACACAUCCACGCGGCCACAUGUACGCACAAGGAAUGUGGUGGCUUGACGCACACCAUGUGUAACCUGAUCCUCGCGGAGAGUAGGAUUGUGUGGCGGCCGCUUUCCCCACUGUCUUGCAAACCUAUUGUGCUGGGCUUCCCCGGCCCUGGUGCCCGGUGAAGCCACACCAGCCUAUCUUUUAAGAAUUAAAAAUAAUAAAAAUUCACCCAAAGAGAGCACCCCACCCCAACUGUUGGUGACAGGCUGUUGCCCCACUGAAGAGGACUCAUCUGCUGGUCGACUUUGCCAUCCCCUUGGCCAGCUAGUGUGGAAAGGCAUAGUUUUUUUUUUUAAAAUUAAGGCAUCAGUGGGGAGAAGAAAGGGAGAAAAUUGAGACUUUGCUCUUCCAGCCACACUGCUCAAAGCUCCGAUACGCCUCGCAGCUCGGAUCGUCCCCCAGCCUGCUCGAGCCGGCAGGAAGAAUCGACGUACUGUACAUUUCCAGAGGACUCCUUGGAUGUAAAUUGGUGUAUAAUUGGUGAGAGGAAGAUGUUUUCUUUUUCUAUCGUAGAUUUAGGUAUUUUUUAUAGAUUGAAGGCUGAUCAAUUUUUUUAAAUACUCCAAUGUAUCUGUGUAUAACACACACGCGCUAUAUAUAUAUGUGUAUAUGUAUAAUGUACAAAUCUAUAAAUAUCGGAUUGGCCUUUCUCGACUUGGGCACAUACGUCUGCGAUAAACACACACUCCCUUGCCCGCCUCCUGGUUUGACCACACAGAGGUACUGUAAUGUAAAUAACCACAGGAGGCAGCGGGGAGCUUAAAUCAACAGAAGUGAAGCACUGACUUGCACACGGCUUUAAUUUCCUGGAGAAAAUGGUUCUUCCCUGCUGGUAUGUGAAGGAAUUUCCAAAAAGAGGCAAACGGUUUUUGUCUUAACGGGUGUACCAGCUCAUGUCUGAUUAAAAGCUGUUACCGUCUCUCUGCUGGAGA